UUUACUUCACUUCGGAGCGGGACAGCCAGACAGCCGCCGCAACAGGCGCUCAGGCAACCGGCACCCCGGAGGGGGCGGGCAGGCUGGCUGCGGCCCGGGGGCAAGCGCCUGCCAGGGUCACGGCCGCCCGGACCGUGGGCGCUGCUCUCUGCAGCCAGCAGCUGGCCUCGUGGCCCCGGAGAGCUUGCAGCGGAGGGAGCAGAUGAUUGUAAAAUCCAGGGGACGCCACCCGAGGAGCCUGGAUGCCGCUCUAGAGCAUGAGCUCGGGCAAGGGCGCCCGCUACAACCGCUUCUCUGGGGGGCCGAGCAACCUUCCCACCCCAGACACCGCGGGGACCAGAAUGGAAACCACCUUUGGGCCCGCCUUUUCAGCUGUCACCACCAUCACAAAAGCCGAUGGGACCAGCACAUACAAACAGCACCGCAGGACACCCUCUUCCUCCAGCUCCCUGGCCUACUCCCCGCGGGACGAGGAGGACAGCAUGCCCCCCAUCAGCACGCCUCGCCGCUCCGACUCGGCCAUCUCCGUGCGCUCCCUGCACUCCGAGUCUAGCAUGUCCCUCCGCUCCACGUUCUCGCUGCCAGAGGAGGAGGAGGAGCCGGAGCCGCUGGUGUUCGCCGAGCAGCCCUCGGUGAAGCUGUGCUGCCAGCUCUGCUGCAGUGUGUUCAAGGACCCCGUGAUCACCACGUGUGGGCACACCUUCUGCCGAAGAUGCGCCUUGAAGUCAGAGAAGUGCCCCGUGGACAACGCCAAGCUGACGGUGGUGGUGAACAACAUCGCGGUGGCCGAGCAGAUUGGCGAGCUCUUCAUCCACUGCAGGCACGGCUGUCGGGUGGCGGGGGGCGGGAAGCCCUCCGUCUUCGAGGUGGACCCCCGAGGGUGCCCCUUCACCAUCAAGCUUAGCACUCGAAAGGACCACGAGGGCAGCUGUGACUACAGGCCUGUGCGCUGCCCCAACAACCCCAGCUGUCCACCCCUCCUCAAGAUGAACCUGGAGGCUCACCUCAAGGAGUGCGAGCACAUCAAGUGUCCCCACUCCAAGUACGGGUGCACGUUCAUCGGGAACCAGGACACGUACGAGACGCACUUGGAGACGUGCCGCUUUGAGGGCCUGAAGGAGUUCCUGCAGCAGACAGAUGACCGCUUCCAUGAGAUGCAUGUGGCGCUGGCCCAGAAGGACCAGGAGAUCGCCUUCCUGCGCUCCAUGCUGGGCAAGCUCUCGGAGAAGAUCGACCAGCUGGAGAAGAGCCUGGAGCUCAAGUUCGAUGUCCUGGACGAAAACCAGAGCAAACUCAGCGAGGACCUCAUGGAGUUCCGGAGGGAUGCAUCCAUGUUGAACGACGAGCUGUCCCACAUCAACGCGCGGCUGAACAUGGGCAUCCUCGGCUCCUAUGACCCACAGCAGAUCUUCAAAUGCAAGGGAACAUUUGUGGGCCACCAGGGCCCCGUCUGGUGUCUCUGUGUCUACUCCAUGGGGGACUUGCUCUUCAGCGGCUCCUCUGACAAGACCAUCAAGGUGUGGGACACGUGUACCACCUACAAGUGCCAGAAGACUCUGGAGGGCCAUGACGGCAUCGUGCUGGCCCUUUGCAUCCAGGGAUGCAAGCUGUACAGUGGCUCGGCCGACUGCACCAUCAUUGUAUGGGACAUCCAGAACCUACAGAAAGUGAACACGAUCCGGGCCCACGACAACCCGGUGUGCACACUGGUGUCAUCACACAACAUGCUCUUCAGCGGCUCCCUGAAGGCCAUCAAGGUCUGGGACAUCGUGGGCACCGAGUUGAAGCUGAAGAAGGAGCUCACCGGUCUCAACCACUGGGUGCGAGCCCUGGUGGCCGCCCAGAGCUACCUGUACAGCGGCUCCUACCAGACAAUCAAGAUCUGGGACAUCCGGACCCUUGACUGCAUCCACGUCCUGCAGACGUCGGGCGGCAGUGUCUACUCUAUUGCCGUGACCAAUCACCACAUCGUCUGUGGCACCUACGAGAACCUCAUCCAUGUAUGGGACAUCGAGUCUAAGGAGCAGGUGCGGACCCUGACGGGCCAUGUUGGUACCGUGUACGCCCUGGCAGUCAUCUCGACGCCAGACCAGACCAAAGUCUUCAGUGCAUCCUAUGACCGGUCUCUCAGGGUCUGGAGUAUGGACAACAUGAUCUGCACGCAGACUCUGCUGCGUCACCAGGGCAGUGUGACCGCACUGGCCGUGUCCCGGGGCCGGCUCUUUUCCGGAGCCGUGGACAGCACUGUGAAGGUGUGGACUUGCUAACAGAAUGCACGCCGGCUCUCGGCUUCCUCUGGGCCUGACCUAGGCCUGUCUAAGUCCAGUGGGCCGCGUGACUGGUCUUGGGGUCUCUGCCUGCCCUGUGGGGACUCAGCCAGGCAGGCAGUACCCUCCCUGCCCUGUGCCCAGUGAGCCUCCCUCUGCUUGGCCCUGGCACCGUCACUGCCAGGACAGUGCCCAGCCCGUCUGGGUGCCAGGUACGACGCUCGCCAGCCCCACCUCCAUCCUCACUCCAGAUGGACUGUGGGCCUUUUUACUCACCUUUUCUACACUGUUUUUAGACUGUACAUAGAUUUGAUUACUUCUUGAUUGAAAUAAAAGUUGCACAGA